AUGUCGUGAGUAUUGCCAUAAAGCUAGAAGCGGGAUAUUUAUCAAAUUCAUAAUAUAUCGGAUAUAUACUAAAUAAAUCUAAUAUAGUUUAUCUAUUAAGUGUUUAAGAAUUAUAGUAUCUUUCGAAAAAAAGUAUUAGCGCUGUUUUUAAAACUGUAAUCAUGUCGGACGAAAAGAAGGAGACAAAAACUGAAUCAGAACAUAUAAAUUUAAAAGUUUUAGGCCAGGACAAUGCAGUAGUUCAGUUUAAAAUUAAGAAGCACACACCUCUUCGAAAAUUAAUGAAUGCUUACUGUGAUCGAGUAGGCUUGGCAAUAGCGGCUGUAAGAUUUAGAUUCGAUGGACAACCUAUAAAUGAGUUGGACACACCGACGAGUCUUGAAAUGGAAGAAGGAGAUACAAUAGAAGUGUAUCAACAACAAACAGGAGGAACGUGUUGAGGUUAAGAAUUUAUUGAUACACAACAGAAAAGUUUACAAACGGACUAAAAGAAAAUUUAUCGUUCCAGUGUAUAUCUUUCAUAAGAGAUGUUAGUGCUAUCUUUUCACAUGUGACCGUCUUGGUCAUAUGCUUCUUAUUACAGUGUUCUCUAAGAGGGUACAUACAUUACAUUACUUUUAUAAUAUCUUUGGCAUAUUUUUUAUUAUUAUUUACGUUAAUGAACAUUAACUAAUAAACUUUGUCUAUUAAA